AUAUCUCAUUGAACUCCAGGCCCAAUAGCCGCAAUGCCGUUCCAGCCUCCUCCUGGCGCCGUGCAAUCCUUGGCUUAAGCAUCUCCGUCUUUCUCUUCCGUCGGUAUCGGCAUCUUCUCUGCUCUGCGAAGAAGAAACAGAUAUUAAUGAAGUCCAAUUGUUAGUACAAAACGCAACAGGGAGAUUCACCAUUUUUCCCCGUCUGGAUUCAUUGUGAAAGACUUGAAUGUGGCCUCUAGUUGAUAGUGAAUGCUGAUAGAAGCAAAUGGGUUCAGAAGCAUCCUUCCAAACAGCUAAGAUUUAUCGCCACCUUCUCAAGGCUGUCCAGAAACAUAUUGGCAAGGAAGACAACAAGAGGCAUUUCCUGGAAUUCAUAAAAUUGGAGUUUCGUAAAAACAGCAAUCUUUCUGAUGGUGCUGCUGUCCAACAGAAAAUCAAGCUUGCUCGGGACUACACUUUUAUGCUGAAUAGCGUGCACCAUCACAAGGAUCUAUUGUUCUCUUACAAUAUUGCUGUGGACAGAACUGAUGAAAUGAAAAGGGUCAUUGGAAAAUCUGCUGCUGGUGUGGGUCUUCGGCUUCCUGAGGCUUAUGAGCCAUAAUGAUUUGCAUCAACCGUCAACAUACGCCUUUGUUCUACUGGAGACCUUGCCGGCCAGUGUGUUCAAGCAUUUCUUUUUCUUUUUCUUUUUAGUUACCGUCACCACUUUCAUUUAUAGUUAUGAUUUUAUUUGAACAAUAGAAUAAAACAUUAAUUGGACAGGAAGAUGAGGAAUGAACUCUUUUCAAUUUUGAUUUAUCUUAAAUCAUUUCGAGUUGUAUUUUGGUUGGAAAAUUACUAUUAAUUUAAGUUCAAAGUAAUUGGUGUAUGGAAAACAUGUUUGAGGAAUAGAUUUUUUAUUUCCAUCUGA